AUGGGAAAAUCGAUUCCCAUCAAAACAGGGCUAAGAGGAGCGUCCAUUGCAGCAGCUAGAUUCAUCCAUUCAUCGAAACCGAUCCGACCCAUUUCUUCAAACACCAUGAACAGUCCCGACAAAGAUUCCUCAGCCGCCGGCGAAAGUAGUAGUAGCCGCCGCUACGUUCCUCUUUCCUCGGUGGUCUCCGAUUGUGCGAAGCGGUGGUUCAAAGACACUCUUGAGGAAGCUAAAGCUGGUAACAUCACUAUGCAGGUUUUGUUGGGUCAGAUGUAUUACUCUGGCUAUGGAGUCCCUAAAGAUUCUCGAAAGGGGAGACUUUGGAUUACGAAAGCAUCAAGAAUUCGUUCUUCAGUGUGGAAAGUGAAGGAUAAACGACCAGGUUACAACGCGAGUGAUUCAGAUUCUGAUUAG